GGCGGCGGCGGAGGUGGAAGUCCCGGAGGCGGCGGGACCCGGUCCCGGAGCGGUGGCUGCAGGUGGCCGGGGCAUGCGGCUGCGGUAGGACGCGCGGCGGCCAUGGGCGGCCGGGGGCUGCCGCUGCUGCUGGGGCUGCCGCUGCUGCUGGGGCUGCCGGCGGCGGGGCGCGCCGCCUCCAAGGCGCUGGUGUGCCAGGAGAUCACGGUGCCGAUGUGCAAGGGCAUCGGCUACAACCUCACCUACAUGCCCAACCAGUUCAACCACGACACGCAGGACGAGGCCGGGCUAGAGGUGCACCAGUUCUGGCCGCUGGUGGAGAUCCAGUGCUCCCCGGACCUGCGCUUCUUCCUCUGCAGCAUGUACACCCCUAUCUGCCUGCCCGACUACACCAAGCCGCUGCCCCCCUGCCGCUCCGUCUGCGAGCGGGCCAAGGCGGGCUGCUCGCCCAUCAUGCAGCAGUACGGCUUCGCCUGGCCCGAGAGGAUGAGCUGCGACAGCCUGCCAGUGUUGGGGGACACCGAGGUGCUCUGCAUGGGCUACAACCGCACGGAAGCCACCACCCUGCCGCCUUUCUUCGGGAAACCCACGCGCCCAGCCAAGGAUGCAACCAAAAACCUGGUGCCUCUUGAUGGGCAGCGUCCCUCGGGGCUGGACUGUGGCCGGACGUGCAAGUGCAAAGCGCCUCUGAUCCCCAUCAACAAGGAGUCCCAUCCGCUGUACAACCGUAUCAGGACGGGGCAGGUACCCAACUGCGCCAUCCCCUGCUACCAACCCUACUUUACCCAGGACGAGAAGACUUUCGCCACCUUCUGGAUCGGUCUCUGGUCCAUCCUCUGCUUCCUCUCCACCUCCACCACUGUGGCCACCUUCCUUAUUGACAUGGAGCGCUUCAAGUACCCCGAGCGCCCCAUCAUUUUCCUCUCUGCUUGCUACCUCUUCGUCUCUCUGGGCUACAUUGUGCGGCUGGUGGCAGGGCAUGCCAACGUGGCUUGCAACCCGGAGCACCACCACAUCCACUAUGAGACCACAGGCCCUGCCCUCUGCACCGUGGUUUUCCUUCUCCUCUACUUCUUUGGCAUGGCCAGCUCCAUCUGGUGGGUCAUCCUGUCCCUCACCUGGUUCCUGGCAGCCGGCAUGAAGUGGGGCAAUGAGGCCAUCGCCAGCUACGCACAGUACUUCCACCUGGCUGCCUGGCUCAUCCCCAGUGCCAAAUCCAUUGCAGUGCUGGCGCUCAGCUCUGUGGAUGGUGACCCAGUGGCUGGGGUUUGCUACGUGGGCAACCAGAGCCUGGAGAACCUGCGGGGCUUUGUGCUGGCACCGCUGGUGGUUUAUCUCUUCACUGGCAGCCUCUUCCUGCUGGCUGGCUUCGUCUCACUCUUUCGCAUCCGCAGUGUGAUCAAGCAGGGCGGCACCAAGACUGACAAGCUGGAGAAGCUGAUGAUCCGCAUCGGCAUCUUCACCAUGCUCUACACUGUGCCUGCCACCAUCGUCAUUGCCUGCUACAUCUAUGAGCAGCACAACCGGGAGGCGUGGGAGCAGGCACAGAACUGCUCCUGCCCAGGGGAUCCCCACCGCCCCAAGCCUGACUACGCCGUCUUCAUGCUCAAGUACUUCAUGUGCCUUGUGGUGGGCAUCACCUCCGGUGUCUGGAUUUGGUCUGGCAAGACGCUAGAGUCCUGGAGGCGCUUCACAGCCCGCUGCUGCCGGGCCAGGAAGCCUGCAGGCGCCUCAGUGUAUGGUGAGGCCAGCCCGGCUCUGGCGGGCAGGACGGUGCUGCCCAGCAUGGCCUCCUACCACAAACAGGUCCCACUGUCCCACGUGUGACUGAGGGAGCCUCGAUGACCCCAUCCACAGGGAGGAGAGGGUUACAAAGACCCUGGGCCACAGAAGAGGGGCUGGCAGCUGGGCUACCCCGGCAUCCUCAGCCCCUGUAUGGUAGUGCUGCAUGGGAUCGAGCGUAUGUGCCUGCAGGGCACGGGGCAGCCCCAGGCAGGGCAGGGAGAGGUGUUCCCAGCAAUGGAGGAGCAGAGGGGCAGGGAAGCCUCGAGCCCAGCACCAUGGUGUAUGCCCCAUUUGGGGUCCCAUGUCCUGCCUGGGGUCAGAGGGUGCUGCUGCCUGUGGGCCAGUCAGGUGGCAGGUAGCCCUUGAGCACUGAUUUGUUUCCCACCGGGAGACUCUGGGCAGGUUUUGCUGGUGCUGGGUGAAGAGGAGAGCUGCAGCAGGCAGGGCAGGUGGUGUCCCCAACCCCAGGUGACACUGGUGCUGGCACUGGCACUGAGCUGCUCACCAGAUCCUGGAGGGGUGAGAGGGGGCCAGGGAGAGCUGGUAGUGGGGGCUACCUUUCUGCUGGGCUGCAGCAGAAUGGUGCUCCUACAGCCCCGGCAGCCCUUGUACAGCUCCGUGUUGUGGAGGAGCAGGACAGAGGGAGCUGUGGGAUCAGGGGCUUCGCGGGCAGUGGUGGGGCAGGAGGCAGGAGCUGCCACCCAGCCCUUGAAGCGGGCAGGGAUGGAGUCUCUACUGCCUGCAGCACAGGUGGGAACCAGGCAACCCCAAGGUCCCUUCUCCCCCUCGGGCCGUGCAUGCCGGCUCUCCCCGGGCUGGGGAUGGUGUUGGUGGAGCUCAGCUCAUGGCACGGAAUCCCAGGUUCAGCCAGUGCUCCGCAAUGGGCAGCCGGCUCCACCGCCCUGGAGCACCUCCCGGGAGCCCCGAGGGGCUGUGCGGGUGACGAGGCGGCUGUGCCUGCACCGGGGUCACGGGGAGCCCUGGGCACCGCUGCCCUCAGCACCGGGAGCAGCCUCCUCCUGAGCCACCGUGUGCCUGGGCAGCGGCCGAUGCUGCUCCGCGCCCCUGCCCUGCAGCGGGGUGAGUUUCUCGCUCCCCACUCAUGCUGUGCAGGUUACGCGGGGUGCGGCAGCCCCAGCACCCUGCCCCUGGCCUGCCCAACCGAGCGGGUGCUGUGUGCAUGGGGGCUCCCAGCCGGUUGGCAGGACUGGGGAGCCGCUGGGUUUGCCAUUUCUUGCAGCUUCAACACUUGGUGCUGCGUUUUCCGCUGUCGGAGGCAGCGCCGGCUUCGGGAGCAGGCGCUGGGUUUAGGGAAACUCAGCAGAGCACUUGCACUCCUUUCCCUGCAGCUCCCCCAGGUCCGGCAGCAGCAGAGCACUAGCAGACACGGAGCCUGGUGUUGAGCGCUGGUGACAGGGGGGUUUUGAUAAGCAGAGUGAUGGCAGGGUGGGGGGAACGCUGCUGUCAACUUCACCGAGCACAGCAAGGGCGAGGGGCUCCCGCUGCAGCAGGGGAUGGGGCAGGGCUGGUGGGAGGUGGCUGUGUCCGGCUGCAGGCUGUGUGCUCAAACACCAGCUUGAUUUGUGUGGGGUUUUUGGGGGAUACGGGUUUGUUUUUCUUUGUUUUGUUCUGUUUUUUAGGGUGAUCGGUUUCUUUUCCCUCCCCCUGCCCUCAGCGGUGAUGUUGUAUGUAACCACCCAGCCGUUACUCAAGUCCUUUCUGCCCUCCUUCAAGCGUGGCACCCUGACCUGGCUGCCUGAGCGCUGGGGAACAACCGCUGGCUUUGCUCCCGCCGGACUGCAAGGACCCGGGGUUGCUCUCAGCACCCUCGGGCCGCUUCAGUCAAGGUGGUUCCCACCUCAUUUUAAAGCCAAAGCCUGGGAAGUGAGGGGAUGCUCCAGUGGCACAAGGACACCUUGUGCGUGUCUGGGGCGUUGUGGCCAGAGCAGCCAGCGGUGCAGGGACAGUGGUGCAGGGGCUGCUCAGCCGCUCAGAUCAGUGCUCUUGCGGCAGGUCUUGCUCCCUGCAGCCUGUUGCAGUACUUCCCCGUGGGCAGGAUUGCAGCACGUUGUGUUAGGAACUGUAAAUAGCUGUAUUAUAGCCGGGGUUGUACAUACAGAAGCUGUAGUGACCUUUGAUACGGGUUUGGGGCAGGUGUGUUCUCGGCAGGUCAGGCGCAGAGGUGCUGUGGGUAGUCUCGUGUUGUAAUCCAGGGCAUUAAAUGACUCCAACCUGCUCCAAUCCAUGCCUGGCUGGACUCCUCUCUUUCUAUAGUGCCUUUUGUAGAUACAGUUAAACACACAUCAUGCAAUACAAUGAACAAAACCAUGUCAAAGGUGGUGUUUUGUUGUUUUUGUUUUAUUUCCAAAGUGCAACUGACUGUAAAGCUUCUUUUUAAGGUUAAAAAGAAAUCCAGGCUUAGCUGCAAACCGUUGCCUAUUGAAAAAUGCACGAGCAUUUUCAGCUUCGAUCUAAUGGCAGGUUAAUACAAUCAAUGUGUGUGCGAGCCUGGCUUCUCAGCAACAAGUGGCAGGAGGGGGAAAGGAGCGAUUGCCGUGUGUCCUGUAUGCUGUGGCGAAUUCACACAUUGGGUUUUGCCUCUUCUGUUCUCGAUGCUGUUCCCUGUUGUUUAAAUACCUGUACUAUAUUUUGUGAAAAGCUGAAGAAGUUUUAUUCAAAGAGAAGUAUGGAGAUUAGCUA